AUGCCCCCUACUCAAUUUCCUCAUCCUAAAGAGGCUCUCGACAACGGAAAUGAGGAAGACCUCUUCCUUGAUGCCGCAGACGCUGCAGAAGAGAUUCCCGCCGAUGAGGACCAACCGAUGGACGACCUCUCGGACGACGGCGACGAUGGAGAAGAGAUGUCAUUCCAAAACGACUCUAUCGCUCAUUUCGAUCAACAUAACGACUCCGUAUUUUGCAUAGCUCAACACCCCAUCCAUCCCAAUAUCAUAAUCACAGGCUCAGGCGACGAUACUGCCUACAUAUUCAACUCCGAUGUGGAGAGACCACUGCUUCCGACUAGCUACGAGUCGAAUCCGCAACAUAAGGGAGAGCGCGAGUCAUUACCCGUCAUCGCAAAGUUGCAGGGGCAUACGGAUUCAGUGAAUGCAGUGGCUUUCACGGAGCCGUGCGGGGAGUAUAUGGUUACUGCAGGAUUGGACGGGAAACUUCGCGCAUGGUGCGACACAAGUCCCGGGAAGGCCGGGCUAUCCUGGAGAUUUUUGGCCGAGGUGCAAGAGGUUGAUGAGAUAAACUGGGUGGCUACGUGCCCAGUGAAUCGGGCUGGUGGGAAUGAGGAAAAAAAAAAUCUUGUCGCACUUGGCGCCAGUAAUGGGAGCGUUUGGGUAUACCGGAUCGACGCACAAGAUGAGGCGGAGCCAAUGUCUAUGGUUGCUUGUUAUUUCCAACAUACAGAAUCCUGCACCGCUGGCGCGUGGACCCCUGACGGAAAUCUCCUGGCGACGGUUGGGGAAGACGCAUGCUUCUACGUCUACGACGUAUUUGGCGCCGCUGCUGGGGCAGGAGUAGCCUCAUCCGCUGGAACACAGGUAGUUGUGAGUCUUACGGCCCAAGAUCAACGAUUUGCCGUCGAAGGCGGUUUAUAUUCCAUCGCCAUCGCACCUACGGGCACUUUUGCUGCAGUCGGUGGCGCGGGGGGACAUAUUAAAAUUGUUGGACUUCCGCGGAUAUCCUCAUCAAUUACGGCUGGCACGGCCAAGUCGAAAUCGAAAUCGAAAGCUGCUGGUGCUUCUGUUGCGCCCGUCGCUGGUGGCGGCGCUGGCGCCGCUGGCGCCCUCCUUGCGUCUCUUCAAGCCCAAACUGAUGGCAUUGAAUCAUUAUCAUUUUCCUCCCCGCCGCUGUCGCUACUUGCAGCCGGCUCAGUCGAUGGAUCCGUUGUCCUUUUCGACACAGCCCACCGCUAUGCUGUACGACGCCAUAUACGAUCGGCGCAUGAGGACACAGCUGUUGUAAAAGUUGAGUUCGUCCAUGACCAGACAGCAGCCGGUGAACAAACGGCAUCCGCUGCUGCAAACAAUAGCAGAUCGUGGCUCCUUACGUCAGUAGGCAUGGAUGGAGUUGUCCGCCGUUGGGAUACCCGUGGGGGUACUGCUGCUGCUGGGUAUGGCCUUGUGAAAGAAUGGCGUGGCCAUUUGGGUAUGGCUGAGAAUGAGGCGGGAGAGCAAUCUGGUGGGAUCUUGGGAUUUGUACAAGGAGGUGAGGGCGGAAAGAGGAUUGUCACAGCUGGGGAUGAUGGGGUCGUGUUGGUUUUUGAGGAGUAG